AUCCCGCCAUCCAUAAAAGUGUAGGCAGAGUUUGCUUUUCCCUUCUCUUUUUCUAAAACCCUAAUAAGCCUCUUAGGGUUUUGGAACUUCAACCUACCUCGAAUCGCUUACUCUUUUUUGCCGUUGCUCGAAAUGGGGAAGAAAUCAGCUCAACAGGUCGCUAAAGCUGUCUCUGUUACUCCACCUGCGAAAUCGGGAAAGAAAGGUAAGAGGAAUGCCGGGGAAACCUUAGAGAAAAUGGUGAGUGCUAAGAAGCAGAAGAUAGCUGAGGUACAGCUUCUGAAGAAGCAGAACAAAGUCGUUAAGACGAUAAAGAAGAAAGAACCCAGUAGCUCGGAGGAUCACUCUGCAUCUGAAUCCGAAGAGGAAACCGAAGCAAAGGUCACAAAGUUGCCAGCUGCUAAGUCUAAAAAUGGCCAUGCUGUAAUUUCUAAGGAGAAAGAUGAAUCAAGUGAUGGUUCUGAUUCAGAUAACAAUUCAGAUGAGGAUGAUCCUACCGAAGCACCAAAAGAAAUCGAUGGUUCUGAAGAUGGUUCAUCUGGGGAGGAAAGUGAGGAAGAAGAACCUGCUAUGACUCCAAAGAAGAAACAGUCAACGAAGGAAAGUAGCUGUUCUGAGGAUUCUUUAUCCGAGGAGGAAAGUGAGGAGGAGCAACCAGCUAAGACCCCGAAGAACAAACACAUGACUCCAGCUACCACAAAUGUCCAAACUCCUGGGGCAGUGAAAACAUUAUUUGCGGGGAACCUAUCAUUCAAGAUCGAAAGAAAUGAUGUGGAGGAAUUCUUCAAAGAUGCUGGUGUAAUUGUUGAUGUCCGUUUUUCAACAAAUAAAGAAGGAAGAUUUAGUGGAUUUGGCCAUGUUGAAUUUUCCACUGAAGAAGAAGCAAAGAAGGCUCUUGAACUGAAUGGUCAAGAUUUAUUGGGUCGGCCUGUAAAACUUGACAUUGCUCGUGAGAGGGGCUCUUCUACCCCUCAUAGCAGCAAAGAGAGCAACUCAUACCAAAAAGGAGGUAAAGGCCAGGCCCGGACUAUAUUUGUACGCGGUUUUGAUGCAUCUACUGGAGAGGAUCAGAUUCGGAGCGCAUUGGAAGAGCAUUUUGAAUCUUGCGGGGAAAUUUCAAGGGUGUCUAUUCCAAAGGAUUAUGAAACUGGUGGUCCUAAGGGGAUUGCGUAUAUUGACUUCCCAAAUGAGGAUAGUUUCUCAAAGGCUCUAGAACUCGACGGAUGUGAACUUGGAGGUAAUUCAUUGGUGGUGGAAGAAGCAAAGCCAAGGACUGAUAGUCGUGAUGGUGGUGGCAGUGGAAGGAGGGGUGGUGGCAGGAGGGGUGGUAGAGAUGGCGGUGGCAGAAGGGGUGGUAGAGAUAGUGAUGGCCGAUUUGGUGGCCGGCGUGGAGGUGGUCGAAGUGGUGGCAGGGGCCACUCAGGGCGUGGUGCCAGGGGACGUUGAACACCCCAUUAGCCAGGCAUGGCAGCUGCUGGGACAGGGAAAGACGAAAUAUUGGAGGGAUUUUGAACUUUUACCUCCUUGCGCGUACCUUACGGCAUUUCCCCCCAUCUUUUAGUUGAUUUAGAUGUGUAGUGUGUUUUUAUUCAUCUAUGACAGGUGAUAAUUGAUUUAUUUGUUAGACAUAAUUCACUGAAUGCGAUAUAAUUUAUAUCUUUAUGAUUGAACCAGUCAUUUAGACAUAAUUCACUGAAUGCGAUAUAAUUUAUAUCUUUA